AUGCCGCUUCUCUCCCUGCCUACUGAGAUUUUGUUCCUCGUCACCCAAAAAUUGGAUCACCUGGAGCUCUGGAACGCUUACGACACCUGCCGAGUUCUCCGAUCGGUUUCAGCUCCUCCUCUCUUUCGUGCAGUAAACAUCGUCUUCGACGGUAAUGACCCGCUAAUUCUCAACAGCCGGCGCUUCCGGCCGUUCGAAGGGAGCCUCAUUGGCACACUCAAGCAGUGGGCAACGCAUGUCAGGGCUGUUGAGAUCUGGGGCGACGAAGAUUCGCUUCAGGCGGAGUUUUUCGAUCUGCUUCCCCUUUUUGACCGUCUGGAGGCCUUCAGGCAUGCAUUCCUACCAGAUUACCGGAACAAAUUGCUGCGAGCUAACCGUGACUACAGCAUCAGCUAUCCCCCUGACUUGGAGAGCUUUCAGCAGCUCUUGGCUCAGCUAGCUACUGUCCCGUCCAUGACGACCUUGAGCGUCGACUUUAUGUCACCCCGCACCUGGAUGCUUCCGAUGUCCUUCAAGCAUCUGCGGAACCUGCAACUAUCCUGCAUCGAACAUGAGCCAGGACUGUGCGUUCUGCCUGACCUCCCAUCACUGGACACGCUCGCCUUAAACUUCUGCUGCUACUGCCUGGACUGUCCACGUGGAGGAAACAGACCAAGUACAAAGAUACGGUUCGAUUCGCUGCCACAUCUAGCUUGCUUCUCAGUAUCUGGGGCGCAAGAAGGGAGCAUCAUCUGCUGCGGGCAGGCUCGACAGCUUCGCCGCUUUGAGAUCAGCUUUUCCAGUGGCCUAGAAUGGGCAACGCUUCUCCAGAGUCUGGGGUCAAAUCUCGAAGCAAUAGAGAUUUCCAGCUGCGAAUUCGCCGAGGAGCCGCUCCUGCCUAUUGAGUAUCCCUCUCUUCGGUCGGUGCGGAUCCUUGACUCAACAUCUAAUAUUCUCCUCUUCUGCGAGGCUGAACUACCGUGCUUGAAUGAUUUUACAAUACGCCUGCAUCCUGAAGAUCUCGAUAGUCUAACAUCUUGGCCACCCUUGUGGCGGUUCUUGAGAGAGUACCCCAUCACCCUCAGUCUCGAUUGUCCUCGGGACACAAGGGCUUUUCUAGAUCGGACCGACCGCCUAUUACAGGUGGUGAGACUCCCAAAUAUACGACUGGAAGGUAAUCACUGGCCAAGAGCUUGGUCACUGGCAAAAGCUGGCAACUCCCCCGCGUUAGACCGGGCACCGUCUGUCACGAGCUGCUGUAUUUAA